ACACAGUCUCUGAUCUCUUGUGAGUUGCUGAUGUCUCAUAAAUGCCUCAAAGACCCAGUCUACAAGCGUAUGUUCAGCUUGUUUGGACAAAGGUUCCUAGGAAAUGGCCUUGUCACCGCCCAGACUGAUGAUCAUUGGUACAAACAACGGCGUAUCAUGGACCCUGCUUUUAGCAGCCUGUACCUGAGGGGCCUCAUGGGUACCUUCAACGAGAUGGCCGAGAGACUGAUGGACAAACUGGGAACGCUGGCAGACAGCAACACGGAUGCACAAAUGCACCGUCUGGUCAACAGUGUCACUAUGGAUGUCAUCGCUAAGGUGGCGUUUGGAGUAGAUUUGGAUUUGCUGAACCACAGUGACUCUCCUUUCCCUAACGCCAUACUGUUGUGUCUGAAAGGGUUGAUGCAUCAUGUGAGAGAUGUCACCUUCCAGUAUAACCCAAAGAACCGGAAAUGUGUCCGUGAAGUAAGGGAGGCCAUUCAGCUGUUGAGAAACACUGGUGCUAAGUGGGUUAAUGAGAGGAAGGAGGCUAUUCAGAGUGGAGAAUAUGUUCCUAAAGAUAUCCUCACACAGAUCAUCAAAGCAGCCAACAAAGAGGAACACAUGGAUAAAGAGGAUGAGGAGCAGAUGUUGGACAACUUUGUGACGUUCUUCAUCGCGGGCCAAGAAACAACAGCCAAUCAAAUUGCUUUUGCCAUUAUGGAACUGGCACGACUGCCAGAUAUAUUAGCGAAGGUGAAGAGGGAGGUGGAUGAGGUCCUUGGGAUGAAGCAGGAGAUCAGCUAUGAUGAUCUGGGGAAAAUGGGUUACUUAUCGCAGGUGUUGAAGGAGACCCUGAGGCUGUAUCCCACAGCUCCAGGUACCUCUCGCUGGGUGGCAGAGGACAUGGUCAUCAGCGGUGUCCGGAUACCUGCAGGAGUCUCCUGCCUCUUCAGUUCUUAUGUCAGUGGAAGGCUGGAUAAAUUCUUUAAGGACCCGCUGACUUUUGACCCAGAUAGGUUUCACCCUGAUGCUGUCAAGCCAUAUUACUGCUACUAUCCUUUUGCCCUUGGACCGCGAUCUUGCCUGGGACAAAACUUUGCACAGAUGGAGGCCAAGGUUGUGAUGGCCAAACUGCUUCAGAGGUUUGACUUCAGUCUGGUUCCUGGGCAGUCCUUUGACAUCCUCGACACAGGCACACUGAGGCCUAAGAGUGGAGUGAUGUGCAACAUUAAACACAGGCAAACAUACUCCUCCUGAGGCCUACAUACCUGUCUUUCAUAAUCUAAAAGAAAAAAGUUAAUUAAGUUAAUCAUAAUAUUGAUAUGUAUAUAUGAUUGUAUAUGCAUAAAUUCCAGGUAAUAUCAUUUAUUCGAAAUUAGCAAGCAAAUUAACAUGGUUUGAUAUUAUCUACAAUACAUCGUACAGUGUUUAUCUACGUAUUUCAUGUAAUUUCAGAUAUUACCACACAGUGCCGCUGUGCCCUUGAAAUUAUAUUUCACUUUUCUGGUUUUUGCCCUCAUUCAACUACUUUGGGUGUCAAUUUGACACCUGUUGAUCGAUUGUGAUCUAUCAUUUAACUUCGGGGGGAGGAGGUAAACGCAGUUUAGUUUUUUUCCGAAAAAAAAUAGAAAAAAACACUAUUUCCUUUGAUGCUGAUUGAAUUGGGUCAAUGAAGAAUUGCAUAUAGAUUAUUUUAAAUCAUGUGGAUGAAAUGGUCUACAUUUUAGCGUAGAAAACAUUCAUUGGUUCGUGACAUUAUCUGUUAACAACCAUAAUCUAAAUCUUGUUCAGAAUGUAAUCAGUUUGUUUCUGCAAGCCUAAUAAAUUGCUGUAGU